CUUCGCCUCUGAUUGGCUGAGGCGUUUUCCCGGAAGUUGCCGUGUAAUACAAAGCAAUUUUUUUCCGCGUUUUUUUCUUCCAAAACUCGACUCAUUUGUCUCCUACUCUCCGGACAACUUUACUAUUUAAAAAAAUGCCAAGUGUAAAAUGCGUCUCCAAAGGUUCUGCCGCGCCCGGGCCCGUGGCGGCCGGCUCCAUCAGACUCUACAGCAUGAGGUUCUGUCCCUUCGCUCAGAGGACCCGACUGGUGCUCAACGCCAAAGACAUCAAGCAUGAAAUCGUCAACAUCAACCUGAGAGACAAACCCGAAUGGUUCCUGGAGAAAAACCCCCUCGGCCAAGUGCCCACCCUGGAGACGUCCGCCGGCGAGGUGAUUUACGAAUCUCCCAUCACCUGCGAGUACCUGGACGAGGUGUAUCCCGAAAAGAAGCUGCUUCCCGAAUCUCCGUUUGGAAAAGCCCAGCACAAGAUGAUGCUGGAGCAUUUUUCCAAGAUACCACCGUUGACCUACAAGAUCCCACUGGGAAGACUGAAAGGCGAAGACGUCUCUGGACUACAUGCCGAACUGAAGCAGAGAUUCAACAAAUUAAACGAGGACCUGGCGAAGAAGAAGACCAAGUUCUUUGGCGGCGAUCGUGUCACCAUGACGGAUUACAUGAUGUGGCCGUGGUUUGAGAGGAUCGAGCCCCUCGAGGUGAACGACUGUUUGGACGGUGCGCCCGAGCUGAAGAAGUGGGUGGAGCGCAUGUCGCAAGACCCCGUUGUCAAAGUCAGCGGACACAGCACGGACACCUACAAGACUUAUUACAAGACCUACUUGGAGGGCAAACCCAACUUUGACUACGGCCUGUAGAGCGGUGAUGACGGCGCCCGAUCCCUAAAACAAUCCAGUUUUCAUUUUUUCCCCAUGGUUAUGGUUGAAUAAAACCAGUGUUCUUCUCCCUA